AUGUAUAGCACUUCUUCCUCACCCCCCCGGUUUCCACUAGAGAUGCCCACAUUCCCUCAUCAAUCUGAUUUAUCACAGAUUUUGCAAUCUGGUCCUGAGGGAAGUGUGGCAAGCACGACUCUGUUGUAUUGGUCAACAGUUGAGUUCUCCCUCGGGAUGAUCCUCCCUCUGGUUCUUGCGGACUAUUGGGACUUGCCUGAAUGUGUUGGAAUUGAAGAAGAGUUGCAUAUACAUGUGAUGGACGCAAUCACUCACAGUCUUGACCCUGCGACUGUCGCAGAUGCUAAUCGUGGCAGCAUCAUGAGACAUGAGUGGUGCCGUGUUAUCGCAGCGCUAAUGGGAUUCUGCAGGCGCUCACCACUGCAAAUUUGGGGCUGGCCCCAUGUGCAGCUCACGACUAGGUCGGAUCAUUCCUUUCAUCCCUCUGCUCCCCAGUGCUUAUCGCCUCGCGUCUGUGCUGGUUUGGACUGCUACGCACUGCGCUGUGCUUUGGUUUCAUCCACUCCCUUCGGGAGUCUCACUGCAUUGUUAGUACCUCUUCGCUCCCUUGUACGGGCUGUUUAGACUGCAUGUAUCCAAGGAUGUACAUAUAACUACCCAUCCCGCAAAUAUACGUU